AUGCCCCGGUUAGACCGAUCCCUGCUCUUAAGCAGAUGGUUACCUCGCCUAAUCAGCGAGAAGAGAUAUAAUGGGUACACUAUCGCUCUAAGCUACGAAAGGCCGUUGAGAACUUCCUGGCAAGCACGUCUGCCUUCCGCCGAAGCGAUCAAUUCACAGCACAGCUGGCUACUGCUGGCCUCACCGACCUCGUCAACCCUCGCUCUAUCUUCCAGCGACGAACGAGGACAAAGGAAGCAGAACCCCAGCAGUCAGAACCCCAGCAGUCACAGAGCAGCCGAGAAAGUACUUAAGAGACUCCAAAUCUACCUGCCGACGACCAACCCUCUCCUACUGAGCGGCCCAUUAUCGUUCCCGCACCGAGCCCAACUCCUGAGAGGCCCGUGCAACCCACGGUACCAAACACAGUUGUGCAAGCAGACUUUAACCGUCGUUUUCAAAAUCAUUUAA